UGGACCCACGUCUCCCCAAGUGGCACAUGCUCUGCCAUAUUUUCCCAUCAAUCAAACACCUCCACCGAAUAUCUCAAAAGUCAAAAAAAUACAACCGAAAUAAAAAGAAACUCCAAUUUUUUUUACAGAAACUCAAGCUCUUCCCAUCCCCAUUCCUUCAAAAAACCCAUCAAAAACCAAAAAUUUCCAUCAAAUUUCCUCCUUAUGACAAAACAGUGUAAAAAAAAAUGAAGUCAUGUACCACUACUGUUUCCAAUUCUUUUCUUUCCUUUGUUUUACAAACAUGGAAUUCUGGUUCCUGUGAUUUUGCCCCGGAAAGUUCUCGUUUUCUUAGAUACUAUGCUGUUUGGGAAAUCAAUGCUUUUCUUUGGAUUUCUCUUAUAACAAUCACUUUUCUUUUAGCUAACAAGCUUUGUAAGCUCUUCAAGUUAUGGUCUCAGGCUUGCAAAAUUCCAGGGCCGCCUUCUCCUUCCUUUUAUGGCCAUUUCAAUACCAUCUCCAAACAAAGUCUUACAGAGCUAUUGUCAGAUUCCCAUGAAGAAUAUGGUUCAGUUGUGAAGUUAUGGUUGGGUCCAACACAGCUUUUGGUUUCAAUAAAAGACCCAGAACUUAUCAAAGAGAUGCUGUUGAAGGCUAAGGAUAAACUGCCGUUGACUGGAAAGGCUUUCCGUUUGGCCUUUGGACGAUCUACCCUCUUCGCUUCCUCUUUUGAUAAGGUGGAAAAAAGACGAGAAUCAUUGGCAUCUGAAUUGAAUGGAAGAUUGGUUGAGAGAGCAAGUGUGAUCCCUACCAAGGCUAUUGAUUGUAUCAUGGCUAAAUUACACCAGAUCAUGGGCAAAGGAAGUGUUGAUUGUAAAAUGGCUUCUCAGCAUAUGGCCUUCACUUUGCUUGGAGCUACAAUCUUUGGUGACACAUUCUUGGCUUGGUCUAAGGCAACUGUUUAUGAGGAGCUCUUGAUGAUGGUUGCUAAAGAUGCUUGCUUUUGGGCCUCAUAUAGUGUUACUCCCUUUUGGGAACUAGGAUUUUGGAGGUAUCAACGAUUAUGUGCAAAGUUGAAAUGCCUAACUCAAGAUCUCAUGCAACAGUGUUGUAAAAAUUACAAGCUAUACCAUGACAUGGAUCCAGUCUCUCAUGAUGAAACUGCAAAUGCUGGAGUAGAAGCUACAGUUGGUUCAAAAUCCUGUUCUGGCAUCUUUUUGCAAGAUAACUUUUCCCUGCAAGAGCUUAAUGGCCAUCUUAAUGCAAGAGAAGAACCUUGUGGCAAUGUUAUGGGUUUGAUGUUUCAUGGAUGCUUAACAACCGGAGGUUUGAUCAGUAAUAUGUUGAUGAGGCUUGUUACACAUCCAGAAAUACAGCGUAAGAUUUACUCAGAGAUAAUUAUGGCACAGAAAGGUUCAGGGGAGAGAGAUAAACCUAAUAUAGAGAAGAUGCCUUUAUUGUUGGCAACAAUCUAUGAGUCUGCUCGUGUUAUGCCACCUGGACCUUUGCUACAGAGAUGUUCUCUGAAACAUGAUUUGAAGCUUAAGUCUGGUGUAAUUAUACCAGCUGGAGCGAUACUUGUUGUACCUGUACAGUUGGUGCAGAUGGAUGAUUCUAGUUGGGGAAAUGAUGCUGGUAAAUUUAAUCCAUAUCGUUUUCUGUCUAAGACUGAAGAGAUAUCUGGUUCGAUGAACAUGGAUACUUCCAUUGCAGGACGUGCUGGAGAACGUCAGGACCAAAGCCACAGUUCUUUUGUUUUGAAUGAUCCAAAUGAGAAUCCAACUUUUCUUCCCUUCGGUUCUGGUACACGUGCCUGCGUUUGCCAGAAAUUUGUCAUUCAAGGAGUUGCAACAUUGUUUGCAUCCAUGCUUGAACAAUAUGAGGUGAGGCUUCAUCCGAGAUCUAAGACAAACUCAAAACCAUUGACGAACGACUCUAUUUUUAAAAAUUUUUCAAGUUCCAAAAUAGUUUUCAUCAGAAGGAGUAACUGAAAGUCCGAAGAAACAUACAUAAUGUCAUCCUUAUGGUGCUAGUAUUUGGUUUUUUGUUUUUAAUCACCCAGCUUUUUGAUGAAGACAUCUUGUCCUCUUUUUUCUCCGAAAUUGUUGGAGAAGCUCUUUAGCCGAUGAACAGAAGGAUGGUGUCACAUGAGCAUAUUUCAUAACUCAUGUUUUUCUUUUCCCUCCCUGGUUUGUAAUUAGCUCAAAGUGCUGUAUUUGAUGCCAAGCUUUUUAGUAUUUGUUUUUGAAGCACUUUGGGGCUGUGUUUGCAGUGAAGUUCUGUACUUUUGUCUUCCCCAUCUUAGGAUUGUUGGUUCCUUUUAUCAAACUACUUUCCUUUCUGUUUGUUUUUCCUCCUAAAAGGAGUUUGUGUUGUAAUAUAUAUGCUCAUUGAAUAUUGUCUAAGACCUUCAAAACUUGUUAUGAUAUAAAAUUAAACUUUA